AUGCAACGGAGGAAGGCAGUGGAAAGCAAAGCAUCCAAGAUCAGCGAGAAGGACUACUUCAUCCGCGCGGUGGAGUUCAAGGUGUGGCUCUGCCACAAGAAGAAGAAGUUCUUCGAGGACCUCACCUCAGACGAGUCGCACGAGCUCUUCGACAAGUUCAUCAAGGACUGGAACAGGGGAAAGCUCGACCCCCACUUCUACGAGGGUCGCCUCCCCGACGAGCUGAUUGCCCGGACAAAGAAAACGCAGCACAAAUGGGGGUUCGUGAAUAGGUUGAGCGACCGGGAUCAGAUGCAGCUGGAGCUGGCCAAUGACUCAGUCCACUCCAGCACGGAGAAGGUCAAAGGGGCCACCAGCAACGUCCCCGUGCUACCGGUCGGGUCGGCCGCAACAGCUCCGGGGGUGGUGGUCGGGAAGCAGGCCGACGGCCGCGGCGGAGACGGGGACGGUAGAGGCGGCGGGAGCGGGAGCGGGAGCGGGCGCAGGACGGAGGCGAAGCGGCAGCGGCGGCAAGAGCGGGAGAAGCACGCGGUCGUCCUCGACGAGAUCGCUCCGAAGGAGACGGGACGACAAGCGUUGUUGGACAAGCGCCGCGUGGUCGGCGCAAGAACGCACGCUGCGGCGAAGGAGAGGGAGGACGCCGCGGACGGUUUGGACAUGAAGGAGUCGGACACCAUGGGCGGGUCGGACAGCUUCCGCGAGACCCUCGCGCGAGCCCAGCACGGGAAGCAUCGGCGACAGAUGGCAAAGACGGAGCACCUGCAGGGACUAGCCGCGAAAGAAGAGGAGAAACGCGCAGCUUUCAUGGCGCAGAUGGGCCUCAAAGCGGGCCAGAAAAUUACGAUUCAGCCCCGCAGAGACGGGUGA